AUGGCCACCAUCCUGGAGAACAUCCAGAAGGCGCGGUUCCUCCCGACGAGGCCGCUCAGGGACGACCUGCCCACCUUCCAGGGCGGCAAGGAGGAGGAGAGCCACCUCAUGGGGCUCAGGAAGAGGCUCUCCAGCUUCUCCGGCAAGAUCCAGCCCAUCUCCUCCGCGUCCGCCGAGUGGGCGUUCCGCCGGACCCGGUCGGCGGCCGCGCUCGGCCGCGGCAGUCGGGGCACCUGGGCCCACGUCCUCUACAAGGUGCGCUCCGGGGUCCGCCGCCUCGUCGCGUCCGACCACUCGCUGCCCACCACGCAGCGCCUCAGGGGCGCCUCGCUGCCCGCGUCCUCCGCGCACAGGGCCGCCGCCCAGCAGUGCAAGCCCGCGCCGCAGUUCGCCUACACCCAGAGCUUCCAGUACGGCCAGGCAAUGGCGCAUUAA